AUGCUUGCAUCUGAGGUGCCUUUUGAAAUUCUAACAAAGAUAGCUAAUCUUCUUCAACCCAGUGAAUUGCGCACUUGUACUGUUGUCUGUAAAUCAUGGCAUGAUUCCUUUAAUGAAGUUAUAUGGCGUGAAGUAACAAUCGAGACGGAUAUUCAGCUAGAGAAGUUAUGCGACAUCUCGACAGCUGAAGAAAACCCUUAUCAAGACAACGGCCAUCUAGUCAGAAUACUAGCAUUAGAUCAGAAGCUCGUAAUGACCGUGGAGAAGCUUAAUGCCAUUCGAAGUCAGUUUCCACAUCUACAAUCCCUCUCAAUUGAGCUUUCAAGAAAUUUAUUUCCACGAGACAUUCCUGCAGUAUUUGAUGUCUGGCCAUCUCUCACACAGCUUCAUAUAAGUCCCUCACGAAUCGCCGCAUCAGAUGGCGUAAAGGAAUUCCUGAAGUUCAUGACAUUUUUUCCAAACCUACGAGUAUUAUUCUGUACCGAGUUUUCUCCUUUUAGAACACGGCCUUUUAAUCUAAUUGAUAUCGAAACUCUUCAUGACAUAUUACCUCAGCUGGAAGUCCUACGCAUUGGUUCCGUAUUUGCUCCUCUUUCCUCCGAAGAUGUAUUGUCUUUAGAAAAGGUCGUACCAGCAAGAAAGCUGGUUAAGUUGCGGGUCGGUUUUCUCAAUUUAGACUCUCGCUGGCUAUGCUAUUAUGUACACAAGUAUCCGAACUUACGCGGCUUUACAUUGUACAAUCAUGGUGGAAUGCACAGAAAGAGUUCCUAUGAGGAAGCACGAGCCAUGUUUCCAAAGCUUUCGAAUUGUUUCCCGUACCUUGAGACACUCAAUCUUACCGGAUUUUCACCAACAGCAUGGUCUCAUAUUGCCCUUGCAGAUCUUAUUUUCGGGUUUAAUAACUCGAUCAAGCAUUUCAGUACCUAUUUACGUACUAAUGUGGAAGACCCUGGUAUUCAGCAAGCCGUAAAAUCAUGUAUGCGAGUCUUUCCAGCUACCAUAGUUUCUCUUCGCAUCACAUCUGAGUUUAAUUUCACUGAUCUUGAGGCGCUCCCGACUGCGCUUGGCGCUUGUCAUCAUUUAAAGUACUUGUAUAUGGGCGCAAAGGACGUUUCUGUGCAGCUAGAUACAAUAUUGGACAAUUCCCCGGCUUUGAAAAUGCUGACCCUCAAGCAAGUAAACAUCUCUCUGAGUCCAGGAGUACCAGAAGCUCCCGCCUUGCACGGAUUACGCCUUUUAUAUAUCGAUGCUGACGAAACUGACACUGGUCAAAUUGAUACAGAAUUAUUCAGUUAUAUUUCGGUUCGCUGUAGACAAUUAAGAUAUAUGUCUUUGCACGGUGCACAAAUAACCUGCUCAAACGUCUUGUCGACAGAUAACCUCUGCUUUAGCAUGCCACACACAAAUCUAAAGUAUCUACAAUUAGAAAACAUCUCUUACCAGUUACCAAAAAUGCAUUCAGGACAGGAAAGUCGUAAUAUGGUCAUAUUUAUUCAGAAGGAUGCGCCGUUGGAAUCAGGAAACUCAGGUGCCGACUACCUUUUUAUUAAAAGUUCUUUGAUGCCUAUAGCCAAAUCAACGUGGCUCCAGAUGUAUUUUGACCGCAAGACACAGAAUUCACUGGUCAAAUUGCGGGUUUUAACGGAAGGUGAAGCAGAGAUUGCCGAAAGAUAUUCCAACUCUACCGAAUUAGACAACAUACUUUGCUCAAGUUCUUCAGACGAGUCAGCAGUUUUCUUAUCACCACUAGAGGCUACUACACAAAAUCUUCUUUCACGGGGAUUCGUAUCAUUUAUCUUUGGGUCAGUUGAGAGGUAUGACUUUUGUAUGGAUUCCGACAGUAACAAAAAGAAAUGGUAUGAUCAUCCUGAUGAGUCUUUCAAUCAGUUACCCUCGCAGUCAUGCGUACUUCUGUUUUUGAUAUGCAACGUUUGGAUUCCGUCUGCUACAGCCAUUCUAGCUGUCUCGAUGUCUUUAAGAAAGCUACUCUUCAUGACCGCACCCUCGGUAUCAGGUCAUGUAUUUUUCAGAGGCUGUUAA